GCCGAGUCGACUGUAGCCAACGUCGCGUGCGAGUCGCUCGGGUGGAGCCACUGGGUGCUUCUGACGGUGUUUAAAGUGUGGGAUGUAGCUUUACAUGUGGGCUGGUAGCCAUGCUGAAUACGUGAUGGAGAAUGGAUGAGGUUAGUUCCUCGACCGAGCACAUAAUGUCCAUCAUGGUGGUGAAGGGGUGGCGGCGAUCCUCCUUUGGUCAUGAACCUGUCGUGCGCGCGGCGGACGGACACGUGGCGUUCGAGCCGUCGACUCAACUUGGCGACGGGUGUCAUCUCAGCCGCCGCCAUAGUUUCGUCGCUCGACAGAUGCGCGUUCGCCUGGAAUGCAAUCAUCCGUUCUGACGGGUUAAAGUUGUACACGAAUGAUUCCUCUCGAGAGGCUGGUCGAACAUGCCUUGCAUGGGAGACGAAGGCGACGUUGGUCGCCUUGGCUGCGACGGGAGUUGGAUGGCGGCGGGGGGGCUGUCGUAUUCGUUGAACGUGCUGCGGAGGCUUGGUGUGGGAGGGCUGUUUGUGGCUCUCAGUGUUGUCGUUGUCGUCGUUGUUAUGACGUUGCUGGCCUGGUUCUGGAGCAACACCGACAAACACCCGAUGGGCGUGAGCUUUGUCGCCGAUAAGAAACGCAUCGAGUCGGCGGCGGAUGUGCUUUUGCUCGGCUUUCUCGGCUUUGGUGGCAUCGUGUACUGUGGCUACAGAAGGUCCACGACCAAUGUCGGGUCGAGCGGUCUGGGGUCGCACAGACUUGACGGUGGGUCGAUGGAGCAUGGUGCUGUGGCAUGGGAGAUUGUUGGGAAGGAUAUGACGUGACGCAGAGGCGGUCGUGCGAAAUUGCCGGGCUGUCUGUGGUCGACGAACUUGAUGCAAAGGCGGAGCUGGCCGCGUCGGCAGCGGAGUCGUGUCCAAGAUCACCGUCGUGGCUUCAUGCACAUCAUACACGACAUUCAAGUAUUGUGUGAGGGGAUCUGACUCCCCCAUGGACACUCCUCUAUGAUGGUUAUGUGGAUAGGUAUGAUGGGGACAAC